AGCGGCAGGUACGAGCGGAAUCUCGAGCGACGAGCCGAGCAGUCCGUAUCCCGCUUUCCGGCGACGACGUUCGGCCCGCCGCGCUCGCCUUCACGCUCGCCUCGAAUUCUCGAUCGUCGAUCAUGACACGCGGACGGUCGAGGACGUGCAGGUGAAAAGACAUUUUUCUCGCGCCCCCUGCCGCGACUGUCCCACCGAAGAGGACAAAGAGGAUUUCUACGGCGUAGAAGUGUCGCCACGUGGAAGAGAAGAAGAAAAAAAGAAGAAAACGCAAAGGAGAGGGAGAAGAAAAAAGAUCGAUAUCGGCUCGGAUACCGCCGGCAGAUCUAGUUGGUGGUGACAAAGUUUGUUGUGGGGAGUUUGUGGAGGAGUUUUAACGCGCUUCCGGCCGAAUCGCGGAGCAAGAUGUGGCACUUGACGUGCGUCGACGACUUUUUGAAUCGCGCGUUUUACAAGGUUGGCCUCGUUGUCGGUCGACACCCCGGCUACUUCAUCAUCGUGCCAAUACUGCUGGCAUGCAUAUGUUUCACCGGCUACCAGAGGAUACACUACGAAAUCGAUCCGGAAUAUCUCUUCUCGCCCGUCAACGGGCCCAGCAAGACCGAACGAGCGAUAGUCGAGCAGUACUUCAAAGUCAAUUACAGUCAAUUCAGUUUCAGCCGUAUCACACGGCCAGGUCGAUUCGGUCAUGUAAUCGUGAUUCCCAAGGAUGGCGGGCGCAACAUGCUGAAGAGCGCGAUUUGGCAGGAGCUGAGGGAGCUCGAUUGGAUAAUCAGGAACAUCACGGUGAAAUACGAGGACGAGGAAUUCACGUACGACAAAAUUUGUGCGCAAUGGAACAACGAGUGUGUCAAGAAUAACAUCUUAAACCUGCAUCACAUAAUGAAGGAAGUGGAAGAGCGGAAGCGAAAUUUGACGUUUCCGGUGACGAUCAAUCUGGACCCGUUCGAACAUUAUUUGUUGCCGGUAUUCUUCGGCGGAAGCGUCGUCAAUAACGAUCUCAUAGAAUCAACACCCUCGGUACAGCUUGCCUACUUCAUUACCGUCGACAGUCCACGGCAGAAUGCUAUUGGCGUCGCUUGGGAAGAGGCUUUCCUAGAUGUCGUUGGCAAGGUCGAGGACGGAGGUACAUUUAAGCACAUUAGCAUCGCGAGAUUCGCUUCGAGGACCCUCGAGCUGGAGCUGGAGGCCAACACGAAGACGGUCAUGCCGUAUUUUGCCAGCACGUUCAUCAUAAUGGGCCUGUUCUCGGUCGUGACAUGCAUGAUGACCGAUUGGGUGCGUAGUAAACCUUGGCUCGGUCUUCUGGGUAAUAUCUCGGCCGCCAUGGCAACAGUCGCCGCUUUCGGAUUGUGCAUCUACCUGGGGGUAGAUUUCAUCGGCCUCAAUCUGGCCGCGCCAUUCCUCAUGAUAGGAAUAGGAAUUGACGAUACAUUCGUCAUGUUAGCGGCCUGGAGGCGAACAAGCAUCUCGAAGCCAGUGCCGGAAAGGAUGGCUGCGACGCUGAGCGAGGCUGCCGUUUCUAUCACUAUCACAUCUUUGACGGACAUGAUAUCUUUCUUCAUAGGCAUCUUAUCGCCGUUCCGCUCGGUUCAAAUUUUCUGCAUUUACUCAGGUUUCGCAGUAGUCUUCACUUUCCUGUUCCACAUAACAUUCUUCAGCGGGUGCGUAGCGAUCAGCGGUUAUUGCGAACAAAGAAAUUUGCACAGCGUUAUUUGCUGCAAAGUGCAACCGCUAUCUAAAUCUACUCAUCGAUCGUGGCUGUACAGAGCGUUGUGUUCCGGCGGGAUUGAUCCCGACGAUCCCCACAAUCCGAUCGACAAUCCCGAGCACGGAUGCAUGACUUGGUUCCGCGAUUAUCUGGCGGCUGCGCUGAAUUACCGUCCCGUAAAAGCGUUCAUCAUUCUCGUUUUCAUAUGCUACCUCCUCGGCGCCCUUUACGGACUUACGACCCUUCAGGAGGGCCUGGAUCGACGCAAGCUUUCCAAGGAAGAUUCCUACUCGGUCACUUUUUACGACCGCGAGGACUUUUAUUUCAGAGAAUUCCCUUACAUAAUACAGGUGAUAAUAAGCGGCGAAUACAACUACAGCGAUCCGAUAAUCCAGCAGCAGAUAGAGAACCUAACGCAGAGCCUCGAAGCGAGUACGUACAUCAUCGACAAUCCGUUCUACACUCAGAGCUGGCUCCGCGACUUCCUCAACAGAGGUGACAGUGAGAAUCUAGACGAGCGCAGCUUCAUUAAGAAUCUCAAGAGCUGGUUCAGCGAGAAGUCGGAAGACGAUGCCUCGUUCCUAGAUAUCAAAUACGACGACACGGGCGAGAAGAUCGUGGCGAGCCGAUUCAUGAUACAGCCGGUGAACGUGAGCGGCACCAAUCAGGAAAAGGACAUGGUGAAGGAGCUGCGUGACGUAUGCGCGGCGUCGCCGCUCAACGCGACUGUAUUCCAUCCGUACUUUGUGUUCUUCGAUCAGUUCGAGCUGGUAAGGCCGACCAGCAUUCAAUGCAUGAUAUUCGGCGCGUUCGUGAUGAUGCUCAUUAGCUUCAUCUUCAUCCCGAAUAUCUUUUGCUGCCUGUGGGUCGCCUUUUGUAUCGUGUCGAUCGAGCUGGGGGUGGCUGGUUACAUGGCGCUGUGGGACGUCCGUCUCGACAGCAUCUCUAUGAUCAAUCUAAUCAUGUGCAUCGGCUUCAGUGUCGAUUUCACCGCGCACAUUUGCUACGCCUACAUGAGAUCGAAACAGCCACGGGCAGAAGAUCGAAUCAAAGAAAGCUUGUACAGCCUGGGCCUGCCGAUCGUUCAAGGCGCCGCCUCGACGAUACUCGGCCUAAUGGCCCUCCUGUUGGCCGGUACCUACAUCUUCCUGGUAUUUUUCAAGAUGGUCUUUCUCGUGAUCUUUAUCGGCGCUAUGCACGGUAUGUUCCUGCUGCCGGUGUUGCUGUCCCUCUUCGGUCCGGGCGUUUGCAGCGGCGGCGAUAUCGAGCCUGGUGAAGCAGAGAACGCGAAAAACAGCACACAGGAGAAGGAGCUGCAAGCUGCCAGCAAGCUGCAACAGCAGCAGAAGCAACAGCCGCCCUACGUGAUCCCACUUCCUCAUCUAGUCUAUUACGGUCCGGGCGAUAUCAAGCCGCUCCAGGACAGUCCCGCGAUGAGCGUGGCGGCGCUCGAGGAGAGGGAUCCCGGUUUGGGGACCAGCGAGGAUAGCAACUCGACCGAGAGCGGCUCCUCGCAGAGCAGGAGGCGUCAGUGCAAGCAGCCGCCUCAGGAGCAACAGGAGCAGCAGCCGAAUCAGAUCCGUCCCGACAUGUGGAGGAGAUCUAUCGGCGUGCUCUACGGCCUGUCGCAGUUUCAAUCCGCCGCGGUCGGCGGUGAACCCCAGCACCCGGCGCCGGACUACCCCGGCGCCGAGACGCAACCGCGAGGACUGGGCGAGGACAACGAACGGCCGAGAACGGCCAAUAUCCCUUGCCUAGGACCUUACGUCGCGUAUCGCCACUCGAAUCAGUUACCACGCGAUUAUGGACGCAGCAGAUCCUACCACAAUCUGCAGUAUUCGGCAUCGACGCGGCACUUGACGGAUCCGCGGUAUCCUUAGAGAGAAUCGCGAGGGAAUAGUGUGAAAGACAGAUGUUAUCGAUCGAUAUUAUCGACGCGAUACGGGAGAUCCCUCGAUCGAAUUCAGUCCCUUGAAUCAGGACUACGGCAACAAUUUUUUUUUUCUUUUUUUUUAGGAAGAAUGAUUUUAGGAAGAAAGAACUGUCGCAUUGAAAGCCUCUCGAGGAAAGAUUGAUAUCGACCGGUCCGCGGGCAAGUAUGCCAUCCAAAAAUAAUGGAUAUUCUACUUUUAACUCUAUGGAAGUUUCAAAUAAGUUUCGCACCUUCAUAGAUUUCAGAGAGAAUAUCUCGGAAGAAAAUAUCAAGCUAAAUUUGAAUUAUAUUCAUAGGAUCGUAUAUAAUGUAUUCUCUUCUUUCAAUAAUAUUCUCUGUUUGCGUUCAACGUGUGGUCAGUACGUUACGUAAACGUUUGUUAAGCAUCACGAGCGUACAAUAAAUGUUGAGGAGGUAUCUUAUAUAUAUAUAUCAGGUUUGAGAGGUAACUACAAUUGUAGUUAUGUUCAAUCACAUAACAGCUUUGCGAGACUAUGACAGUACAAAGGAAAGAAAAGCAAAUAGAAAGGAAAUGACAUUCUGCGCAAACACUAAGAUGUCCAAAUUAUAGAUGUCCAUUAAUUUCAAGGGACUGAGCUUCAAGAGGAUUUCGCUCUCAAACAAAGGGACAGUAGAAGUGACGCCCGAUAUAUUCGGAUUCGUAUAGCAAAAUUUGUACGACUCAUUUCUCAAACUCAAAUUCAAACUUCAAUUUUAUUCUGCACCUAAACUUUCUUCUUAAAUCACGUGACGAAAAUAGACGUAGAGAAAGACGAUAAUUAUUAAUAAUUAAUCAAUGACUAUUGAGUACAAAAUAAUUCAAGAUGAUGUCAACUCGGUCAAGUUGACAAUCGUGUUAUAGUACUUGAGAAGAAAGGAUUCUCAAAGUACAAAUAAAUGAUAUUAACUAUUUCUUUGGUUUUUUUUUUUAUAUAACUGAUGCUGCCAAAAAUAUUGAUUUUGUAUGAAGCUGCAAGAUUCCGGGCGCCGCUGAGGAUUAAUGUGAUUUUGAAGACUUUCUGUAUAGUAGUGCUUACUACGAAAUAGUGUCGUGGGAAAAACGAUAUUGUGUCGCGUUCGUACGUAUCUUAUAACACGUAUGAUAUCGAAGCUUGAACAAUUAUUUCAGGAGCGCGCUCGUAUGUAGGGUGAUCCAAGAAGAUGAUUUGCAAGCAUAUACAUUUAGCGACACUCCAUUCCUUUGAGAAGGAGCGUCGGUAUUUCAUUAUAAUUAGGAAAGAGCAUUUGUCAAUUCUCAAAUCUCUAGAGAGUUUGUCGACCGUAGAGGUUUGUUGAAUUUCUGCUCGUUCGGAGGGCCGUGUUGUCAUCGUUUGUGUUUGGAAUCGUAAGCGGCCAUUUAAUCCUGUUUCAUUUGAUAUGAACAAGAUAUAAAAUGAGAUUAUAUACGGUUAUAUCCAUCUAAUCAUUCGUAAAUGUAUGACGGUCCUAGUAGCAUUAAGCUCUAAAUUUUAAGUCACAUUUGAAUCUCGGAUUCUUCGAUCCUGGGGACCCUCACGAUAAUCUGCCGAUCCACGUUUUCUCCCUCCGCUAUCAUAUAGAUUUCACAAUUUUACGUUGGCGUAUCGCGCCCUUCGCAGCCAAAGGGUUAAUCUCGUAGCGCUCGCGUUGUGCAAUGGCCUUUUUGUAUAAAAGGCAAUGCACCGAUGCGAGAGGAUAGUGCCGGUAUAACGUUACCGACGUCGGGUUUACGUUAGUUGUUAAGAAUAGCUCAAAUCGAAAGCGAUAAUAUUAUAUAUAUAUACAUACAUAUAUAUAUAUACACAUAUAUAUAUAAUAUACAUGCUCAAUAUUAAUCAAAACUAAAAUGUCCCGCAAUAUAUCCGGCGUUCCAAUCGGCCCACGUGGGGAAAGAAGGAAACGUGACUACAAAUUAAUAUUAUGAUGUAUUACUGAUUAAUAUUUUGUUAUGAAAGAAGCACAAAUUAAAUCGAAAAAUGUAUAUUUUUAAACGCGGAUUAAUAUUCAACAAAUAUGGUUAAUUUUUAAAUCAAUUUAUUUGUUUAACGUUGUGCCUAUAAUUAAGAUAAUAUCGCAGGUAAUACCUGAGAUCCUAGUUAACACUACGUAUUAACUCAAAAAAUAUUUUUUUAUCUUUUUCCGUUAAUUAGAAUUACAAAAUUCCAACAUUUAUUAACCUCCUGCAACAAUGUAAUAUUUGCUUUAGCAAAAUUCUGUCUUAAUUAAUUCUGUCUUAAUUAAUUCUAUCUUAAAUACAAUCUUGUUACUUAGGAAGGAAAAAUUCCCAAGAUAUAAAUAAACACGAUAUUAACUAUGCAUUUCUUUUUUUUGGCACGAUAGCGAUAUUGAUUUUAUAUACGAAGUCGGAAGCUGAAAGAUUCCAACAGUUACUGAAAAUCAAUAAUAUCUAAUAAAUAGACACUGCUUAAAAUACCACUAAAACAAAUAAUGUUAACUUCAAGCACGGUCUAUUUAUUGAACAUUAAUUCGCACCUGAAAAUACGCUUUUAAUUUGUGUUUUGCUUCGUGAUAAAUUGGACAAUAAUAUACUGAAGUAUUAAUUUUAAUUAUCUCCUUCUUUAUCCCUACGUGACGGCGUAUCAAUUGUUCAAUAAGCGUGCCUUAGACAAUCGAAACAUGUAGAGUAAUUACUCUAUUCGUAAUAGAGUAAGUCCAACGAUUUGACAAGUAGUUUGAGUAGCGGCUAAAAGACAGUUGUUUAAGGCGUAAAAUGUGUUGCUUCACAAAAUUUGUCAUUGGAAAUUGUUUCAUAUUUUUUUUUUAUGUUUGAUAAAGAGAUUAUUGUUACCAAUAUUUCGUUUCAAGAUUUCCUGACUUUCAAUUCUUUUAGCAUUUUGCGGAAACAGAUUAAAAAAAAUCACUCUCUAAUCGACCUCUACUAGAGUACCUUGCGUAUUACGAUUGAAACUGUGAUCUACAAAGGCUAAGUGCAAACAGUUAAGCAAGACAGGACGCACGCUUCGCGAUUCGAGUAAUACAUUUGUACGCGAAUAAACAGCUUAAUCGCUGUAAGAAUUCGUUGCAUUUCCGUUCCCUCUAAAUUUUGCAAAAUCGGCGGUAAUACGAAUUCUCGUUCCUUUGCACAAUUUCGGAAACGUCGCUGCGCGAUGUUCGUGCAAAUCUGUCGGCGCAACUAUCGUGGCAAUCAAUCCGUAAUAAUCAGCGGUGACUCUAAGUUUCAUCGUGCAAGAAACUUUCUCCUCUUCAUACAUGCUUUUCCGCGCUUUUAAAUGUGUACUCUUUUUACGCAUUUGCUCCAAUCUUCUCUGAUCGUACAAAAAGUUGCGAAGUGUGCAUAAAUUAGCGAACGUCUUUAAAAUAAUUCAAUUUAUUACUGUCCCUUUAAUAAAGCCAAUGUGUCUACAGAUACUUGAUAAGUAUCUUAAAUAUUCAAUUAUAAUUGAAUGUAAAAAAUAAGAUGCGAUUUUGAGAUUGCUUGAAUUUUAAUUAAGAACAAAUUUGACAUUUCUAAAGUCUCUGUCUUGGAGAUUCAAGAGAAGCUCAGAAAUUUUCCAAAUUAAACUGUUUUGUCAAUUCUUGUUAAUAUUUUUAUUUUUAUUAAAAUGUUGAUCUAGGGUUUAUUUAAGUAGCGCAAAUGUUCAAAGGAGAUAUGAUGUUAUAAAUUUUGGAAGACAACUUUUAAAGCGUCUUUAAACGGUUUUUAACGCGUACUUUAGAAAUCUAUAUUUUUAGAAAUGUAUACUACUAUUAUCUUAAUAUAUUAAUAACAGAUACAUUUUCGUGUUACAAAUUAAAAAUGUAAAAUUUUUAUAAAAAAAAAAUUAAAAAUUAACAAAAAAACUGUCAUAUAGAAAUAAUAAGAAAUUACAGGAAGCAAAUAUAAUACUUAUUUCAAGGCCGAAUAAUGAACAAAGAUAUGCGCGGGCGAAUAUACCUAAAGAAACAGUUUUGCGGUCAAUGGUGUACAGAUAAAUAUCUUCCUCAUUUCGCGACUUGCAGUGUGCGUGUGUUUUCAUAUUUAUGAAUGCGAGAGAAAAUAUGAGUCGAACGAUAUUGUAGCUAAUGGCAAACGGUCUGUUGCCGUCAGAAAAAAAAGCAAUGGAAAUAUAUUCUGGCAACAAUCUUUUAAAUGUA